GCUUCGUAGUCAACAAACGACAGUCGCAGAGCAAACAAGUUGCGAUGAAAGCGUUCCUGGUGGCCUUACUGGCCGCUCUGCUGGUCACCGCUGUGCGGGGCGGACUUCUCGGCAGGAUUUUCCACCGCGAUUCCACCACUACAACAACAACUACAACAACAACGGAGGAACCGCGUCGUCCGUUCUUCAUCAACAACAACAUACCCGCCGUCGACGAGGGCUGCGAGGCGCACUUCAUCUGCAAAAAGAAACUCACCCAGGUGCCCGUUCCACGACCCUGCCUCAAGUACUGCCUCAAGCGGAUCGACUGCCCCAACAACGUGAAAACCAUGGGAAAGCCCAACCAGUGCGUCGAGCUGGAUGAGCAGCAGGUGCUGGAGGCCUACGAAUCCUCGACAGUUCAGCCAAUCGCCGGGCAGCCCGUCACCGAGAAAAUCAUGGAGGUGGCCAUGAUCGACUUUCCCUGCCAGCCGGGUUAUCUGCCCGACCACCGCGGUCGCUGCCGGGAAAUCUGGUAGUUGUUUGGCCGUGUCUUGUUACUAGUGCUUACUACAUUCUAAUACAUUUUCAAAUUCUUGUAAACAAACAUACUCUGAGUACUCACAAUAAAACCAAAAUGAACUCUUAACCAAA